AUGCUAAGAAGAUGCUUGAAUUUUUCACUACGAAACAUUCGAUAUAAUUCAACCCUUACGAACGCAAGUUUGCAGAGUUCGAAUUUGACGGAUCUUAUAGACACUAAUAUUAAAGAUAUAAAUGUCCUUUCACCGUACAGAGACGAAGCCGGUAAUUUGACUCAAGGAGGUAACUCAAAAGAAGCCAGGUUAUCGUUUAAAACUCUCCAGGGCCAAUCGUAUCGUGAUCAGCUAGACUUGAAUCCCGAUGUGAGCAAAGCAAUCAAUAAUAAUAUUAUGUCCGUACAUAUUCCCAAUAACGUGAGAAGAGUUGCAACAAAUUACUACAGUGAGCUCCAGGAGCCGAAUUCAUUGCAUCGCCCUUGCAAAACAAAAAUGGAGGUUGAUGCUCAUAUAGCGUCUAUAUUUCUACAAAAUUAUGGCUCUGUAUUCCAAAGUUUAAAGGAAUUACAAAAAAGAGUAGGCGCUGAGAACUUCAAGCCUCAGAGGGUUCUGGAUGUCGGGUUUGGUCCCGCUACUGGUAUAGUUGCACUGAACGAUGUUUUAGGUGAAAGCUACAGACCGGAUGUAAAAGAUGCAGUUAUAUUGGGUAGUGCUGAAAUGCAAAAAAGAGCCAAAAUUAUUUUAAGCAGACAAAUCAAUGAAGUUGUUGAUCCUACCGAAAUGGAAUCAACUGUAGAGGAAGGGGGGGGGAUUAAUAAGCAAGGCGAUGAGAUCCCUCAAGAAGAUGAGCUUGUCGGAGAAGUAAUGACUAAAAAAAUUAAUGUGAUGACCAAUUUACGAUCUUCAAUUCCCGGGUCGAAAGAAUAUGAUCUCGUAAUUUUAACGCACCAACUUCUUCAUGACAAGAACCAGUUUCCAAUUCAGGUAGACGAAAAUAUUGAGCAUUAUUUAAACAUGUUGGCACCUGGGGGCCAUAUCGUUAUUGUUGAACGAGGCAAUCCGAUGGGAUUCGAAGUUAUAGCUAGAGCAAGACAAGUUAUGCUUAGACCUGAAAAUUUCCCAGAAGAAUUUGGUAAGAUUCCCAGGCCUUGGUUGAGGGGAAUGUCGAAUAAAAACAAAAAUGACGUAGGGUCAAUGAACAUACCGAGUGAUUAUUUUUUAAAGGUCAUUGCUCCUUGCCCUCAUCAGAGGAAAUGUCCUCUGCAAGUAGGGAACCCAAACUUUUACACGCAUAAAGAAGGUAAAGAUUUAAAGUUCUGUAAUUUUCAGAAGAGCAUUAAAAGACCUAAGUUUAGUAUAGAGUUAAAAAAGGGCAAACUUCUGGCCACGUCAUGGGAUAAUUCUCAAGGAGAUGCCUCUAGAUUAAAAGGCACUGGAAGGAGAAAUGGUCGUGAUUAUGAGAUUCUAAAUUACUCCUACUUGAUUCUCCAGAGAUCGCAUAAAGAUGAGAAAUCUUUGAAGGAAAUUGAGAAAUUACGGAAUGAAAGUGGCAAUGUCAAAUACGAUGUUGGAUCAUCAGGUGACGACACACAGGAUACUUGGCCGCGCAUUAUAAAUGACCCCGUCAAGCGUAAAGGUCAUGUCAUGAUGGACCUAUGUGCACCAUCGGGGGAACUUGAAAAAUGGACGGUUUCGAGGUCAUUUUCCAAACAAGCUUAUCAUGACGCAAGAAAGACCAAGAAAGGUGAUUUAUGGACUUUAGGGGCCAAGACACAAAUUAAAGGGUUGGGAGAUUUGAAUGUAAAAAAGUUUAAAAAAUUAGAAAAGGAAAGAAUCAAGCAACUCAAGAAGGAAGAACGUCAAAAAUCAAGAGAGAUUAUUGAAUCCUAUAAUGACCUUGAAGACUCUCUUCAAUUUGGCAAUAACAAGCUGUCAAACAUUGAAGUAAUGAAAGAAAUGUCAAACGUUCACGGUCACUAUUUCUCACAGCAUGUAAAUAAAAAAUGA